GAGCAGGAAACACAAUGGAAGGAAUCUCUGUGCCAACCAUGGAGGAGACACUUGGGGUGGAUAUUGAUAUUGAGACCCUCAUAGAUGAGUUUGAAUAUAUCCCUGGCCACUUUCACUUGGAAAUGAACCUCAACUUUGAAUCCUGCACCCCAGUUCAGUUUAGAAGAAGAGACAUUAAACUGAAGAGAGAUGCAUUGCAAUUUCAGCUGGAGUCCGACUCCAGUUUCCUGCAGCUUGCAGUCCGGAACCUGCUUGGAGUCUUCUCGUUCUACUUGGACGAGGUGGACAGCGCAAAGGAAAUAUUUGUCAGCGUCACCCAGGAGGAACCCAACAAUUUAAAUGCCUGGGCUAACUUGGCAUAUGUGUACGACAGGCUAAAUAUGGAGGAUCAAGCUUCGGAAUGCACCGAUAAAGUGUCCCAUCUCAUGGGCCUGGAGGAAGAGGAUGGGAACAGUAAGGGCCACCGGCUGAGGGCAGCUCGCUGCUUGGCAGAGCAAGGCUACGCUCAUGCCUUCGAUGUUGGGUUGCUGAACGAUGACGACAAUAUGGAGAAACUGAUUGCUGGCAUCAGUUUGUUUGAAAAGGCCCUUGCCUAUGGCAAACAAGAGAUUCCGGUGGAAGAAAAGAGAAGCUGGUUCUUUACAAUGGCGUCCAUCUAUAUAAGGAUGGAUGGAUUAUUCUUAAACAAAAAUGAAGAUGAAAAUAAUAGGCUCCUGUUUUUUAACAAGACCCUGAUGUUGCUAAGAGAAUCUGUGAAGUCCACAAAUUGUCAGUACAGAGCUUUAGCCUGGUGCUAUGUUGGUAUGAUGCUCGAAAAACAGCACAGCUUUCCUACUACACCUAUGGGAAUUCAUGACUGCGGAUAUACUGGAACAGACCCCUUGGACUGUUUUGGCAAGGCAAUAGAGAUUGCAAAAAAUGAUCCUCUUAUACUGAACCGGUUAGCAAAGAUCUUUCAUUUCCUGGGGAAGCAAGAGAUGGCCACUGGGUUAUGCAAUAUGGCACUUGAUGUUCUUCAAGACCCAAAACUGAACUGGCAGGCCUAUGGCACACGGGCACAGAUAUUCAUCAGGAUGUACAUACGAGACUUAGAGCGUGCAAAGAUUGGAUUAGGAGGCUUACCAGACAGAAAGUUGCUAAAUGACGCUAAAUCUGACCUGGACAGCAUCCUAAAUGUGUAUCCUUGUCUGAAGACGUACCUAGACAUGGGGCAAGUGUGCUAUUAUAUGGGGGUGGAUGCUGUGCAGGAAACAUUCCAAACUGAUGAAAAUGCCAUUAACAAUGCCUUGGUGUGCAUUGCCAAAGCCACAGAAUUCGACCUUGGAGACACCCUACCCGAACUCCAACUGCUCAAGGGAAAGUGCCUGAAAGUUAAAGGUGAAGAACUCAAUGCGUUAGAAUGUUUUAAACGAGCCAUCCAAUUGGAUUGCAAAGGAACCCAGGGUACGGAGAGCUUCAGGUGCCUCAUAGAAACUCUUCUAAGCCUUUACAGCCAGAACAAAAUGAAUGCCAAGUCUCUGAUACAGGAAGUGGAAGUAUCGGUAAAAGAGGCCCAAGGAAAAUACACCUCAGAGAGCGUUAGUCAGGAGCUGCAGAUUGUGUGUCGGAAUAACACAGCAGACGUUGUCGAACUCUCCAAGUUAAUGAUAGGAACUGGUAAAAUGGAACUGGUGAAGCUCUUGUUUCAGUCAAUGAAGGUGAACCCCAGAAAGCUAUCAAUAAGCCAACGCUCUUCUUCCAUCUAAUAAAGUAACCUACUGAUUCUUAAACAAGUCCUCAGGCCCACCUAAGGGCCAAUAUGUGGGGAGAACCUGAUCCCAAGUAACCCUGGCAAUAUCAGUAAAACACAGAAUGUUGGUGAUCUUCGAAGCCUGGCUUUAUAAGAAAAUAAGUUACCAACUAACCAUUAGUUGAUCGCUCAGACCGCAAGAUCCAACAACGCAGGUGAGGGGAUGAAUAGUAAUGUAGAUAUCAUUACAGAACAUAUAUAUAUUCAUUGACAGCAAUGUUCAUUCCUGGACUAUAUAGUCUCUUAUUACUCCAUCCCAUUAAUGUCAGGAAAGAGAUAACUGACAAAAAAUAAAUUGAUGAUGAGUUCAAAUCUGAGCUUCAUUAUUCUUACAAUAAGUUAACGUAGCAGUAUAGAGGACU